AUGGCACCGCCCGCACCAGCAGCCGCCAGCGCAGACCUGCUGGGCCUGCUCGAGGCCGCGCUCCCCCAGGACAGUCGCCAGGCGCUCCGCUCAUCGGUCCUGCCGGCGCUGCUCGACGCCGUCGCCGCCAUCGCCCAGACCCUGCGAGGCUACCACAGCGUGUCCGCCGCCGGCACCGCCAAUCCCUUUGGCGACGACCAGCUCAACGUCGAUGUUGCCGCCGAGAACCUCAUCCGCGACGCCCUGGCCCGGUGCCCGUCCGUCGUCACCGCCACCAGCGAGGAGGACCCGGUCGAGAAGCCGGUCCAGCACCUCAACGGCGCCUCCCACGACUCCCCAGAACAGCCCUCUCCCGAAUCAUCAUCAUCAUCAUCAUCAUCAUCAUCAUCAGAGACAUACACCGUCGCCUUCGACCCCCUCGACGGCAGCUCCAUCAUCGCCCCCAACUGGACCGUCGGGUCCAUCGUGGGCAUUUGGGACGGCCGCUCCUCCCUCGGCCAGUCGCCGCGCGAGAAGCAGGUCGCCUCCAUCCUGGGCUUCUUCGGCCCCCGCACAACCGCCGUCGUCGCCGUGCGCGUCCCCGGCGGCGAGCCCUCGUGCUUCGAGGUAGGCCUCACCGACGACGGCGUGCGCACGUGCCAGGUCGUGCGCUCCCAGGUCCGCCUCACCAACUCCAUCGACGGCGUCCGGUACUUCGCCCCGGCCAACCUGCGCGCCGCCGCCGAGAGCCCCCAGUACAUGGCUCUCGUGUCGCACUACAUCCAGAGCAAAUACACCCUGCGGUACAGCGGCGGCCUCGUCCCCGACCUGGGCCACAUCCUCGUCAAGGGCCACGGCAUCUACGUGUCGCCCACCACCGAGGCGAGCAAGGCCAAGCUUAGGCGGCUGUUCGAGCUGUGCCCCGUCGCCCUGGUCAUGGAGUGCGCGGGGGGCGCCGCCAUCGACACCGCCGACGGGGUGGACAUUCUGCAACGGCCGCUGGAAAACGCGGACGAGAGGGGGGGGCUGGCGUGCGGGAAUCUUGAGGAGAUAGAGGUAGCCAAGAAGAUGCUGCUUGGCAUUUCCAAAUGA